CGUACUUGGCCGCACAGCCGCAAACUCCUCACAACCAUCCUCAUCGGCUCUCUCCGCUUCAUAUCCAGCCUGGCGGCCUCGUCACCUUCAUACGCGCUUCCCAGCAUCUCGACCGAGUUCGGAACCACGCACAACAAAUUUCUCUCCGCGCUGCCCCUCUCGGCAUUCAUUCUCGGCUACGUUCUCGGUCCACUGGUCAUAACGCCGCUAUCCUCGACGUUCGGGCGCGUGCGUGUGUUACAGGCGAGUAGCGUAUGGUUUGUUGUGUUCAAUACGGCGGCCGGGUUUGCGACUGGAAAUGCCGAGUUGGUCGCGUGGAGGUUUUGGAGCGGUGUGGGUGGGAGUGGGCCUGUGACCCUGGGCAUCGGCAUCUUGAGCGAUUGCUGGACGGCCCAAGAACGCACGCGCAUGAUCAGCGUCUACACUCUUCCGGUACAAUUGGGACCAGCCGUGGCGCCCAUCAUGGGCGCGUUCAUCACGAGGCACCUCUCAUGGCGAUGGUCCUUCUGGGUCGUUUCCAUCGCGAGUUGCGUCUUCCAAAUGAUCGGAUGGAUCCUCCUCCGCGAGACACACACUCCCUACAUCAGCAGUAUCAGCUCUGCCGACGAACAAGAAGUAAAUCCCACCAAAAUUGCCAGACACCUCCUUGACGAUCUGCACGCCGCAUUCCUCCGCCCGAUCAAAAUCUUCUACCUCCAUGCUACCACCCAACUCCUCGCCCUUUACGCGGCCUUCACCUACGCCAUCGUCUUCCUCUCCUUCGUCUCCUUUCACAGCAUAUGGGUCGACUCCUACCACCAACGCAGCGACCUCGCCAGCCUCAACUUCAUCGCUUUGGCGGUAGGCGAAAUCGUGGGAUCGAUCUCUAUUCGGCCAUUCAAUGAGUACAUGUAUGCGAGACUUUCGGCUUCCUCCUCAACAAACCAGGAAAAAGCAGGGGAGACGAAACAGUCACCGCCUCCAUCGCCCGACGUCCAUCCCGAAUUCCGCGUCCCAGCCCUCCUCUUCGGCGCGAUCCUCCUCCCUACCGGUCUUCUCCUCUUCGGUUGGUCCGCAUCGCACACGCUCUUCCCAUUGAUCCCGAAUCUUGGCGUGGCAAUUUACGCGGCGGGUGAGGUCAUCGUGCUGCAAUUCACGAGCUUGUACAUUGCGGACGUGUACGAAAGCCGGUCGUCCGAGGCGUUGGCGGGCGCGUAUAUGUUGAGGUGCGUGGUGGGGUUCUCGCUGUCCCUGGUAGGUGGGGAGAUGAUGGAGGUGCUAGGGGUCGGAUGGGCGAAUACGUUGUUAGCCGGGCUGUGCGUGCUGGUCGGGUGGCCGUUGUCGUGGAUGAUCUGGAGGUUUGGGCAGAGGUUGAGGGAG